AUGGAGCCUCCAUCGAAGAAAAUGAAGACUCUUCUGGACGACGACAGCUCCAGCGACUCUGGCGAUGACGCCGGUGGUGUGUCUCUCGGCAACACGGCCGAUUUAGGCUUCAAGAUCAACGAGGACUAUGCCCGCCGAUUUGAGCACAAUAAAAAGAGAGAAGAGUACGGCAAAACUACCAGUCUGGGAAAGCGCAGAGCCGAUGAACCCUCAGACGACGAGUCGUCUUCUGACGAGGAGGAAGACGAUGAGGGAGAACUUGCGACUGAGGCUCUCGAUGCCGAAAUCAUGGCGACUCUGAAGGCUAUCCGUACCAAAGAUCCUCGAGUAUAUGACAAGGAUGUCACCUUCUAUUCUAAGUUUGACGAGGACGAAGCCAACGCCGCUCCUAAGGAGAAGGGAGAGAAAUCAAUGACACUGAGGGACUACCACCGUGAGAACCUUCUCAGCGGUGUCAAUCCUGCGGAUGAAGAAGACACUCCUAGAACCUUCGCUCAGGAGCAGGCCGACCUGAAGAGCGCCAUUGUCAAGGAGAUGCACGCAGCCGGUUCCGAUGAUGAGGAGAUGGAGGAUGCUGAUAACUUCUUGGUCCGCAAGUCUGGUCCCGAAGAGCUUCCGCCAGCGAUAUCAAAGGCGGAUUUGGACAUUGAGAAUGCGGACAAGAAUCCCGAGACCUUCCUUUCCAACUUCAUGGCCUCGCGGGCUUGGAUCCCCGAGGAAAAUAAACGGGAGCUCCAUCCUUUCGAUUCGGAUGAUGAUGAAGAGUUUAAUCGUGCAGAUGCUUUCGAGGAGGCUUACAACUUCCGCUUCGAAGAUCCCAGCAAGCUCAACGAGAAGCUGGUUACCCACGCCCGUGAUACCACCAACAGCCUUUCGGUCCGUCGCGAGGACAAGAGUGCGCGCAAGAAGCUGCGCGAUGCUGAACGUGAACGGAAGGAGCAGGAGAAGAAACAACGGGAGACUGAGAAGAAUCGCCUGCGCAAAUUGAAGACCGAGGAGCUUCAGAGGAAGGUCAAUGAAAUCAAGGAAGUUGCCGGUUUGCGGGCCUCUGAAUUCACUGAUGAUGACUGGGCCCGCUUCCUUGACGAGUCUUGGGACGACAAAGAGUGGGAGAAGGAGAUGGAGAAGCGGUUUGGCGAGGAUUAUUAUGAGCAGGGUGGCGUUUCCGGGAAGAAUCAUCCGAAGAAGCCCACCUGGGAUGAUGAUAUCGAUAUCAAGGACUUGAUCCCCGACUACGAGGAUGAAGAGACCGCCAAGCCCUCAGUUGAGUCGGAUGAGGACAUGGAGGAGGAAGAGGAGGCUGCAUCUGGAUCUCAGAAGAAGAGCAAGGCUGAGCUGAAGCGCGAGCAGAAGCGCGAGGCUCGCAAGGACCGUCUCCGCAUUGAGGAGGCGGUUGACCGGAACCUGGACCUGGACAUCACCUUGCUCCCUGGUGCGACUAAGAAGAACGCGACCCGAUUCCGGUACCGCGAAACCUCCCCUCAAAGCUUCGGCUUGACCGCGCGUGAUAUUCUGAUGGCGGAUGACACGCAACUUAACCAGUUUGCUGGUCUGAAGAAGCUUGCCUCCUUCCGAGAUGCCGAGAAGAAGGCCAAAGAUGAGCGGAAACUGGGCAAAAAGCCCGAUACCUUCGGUAGCGAGGAAGGGCCAGCAUUCACCUUCGGUCAAGGAGAUGUUGCUGAGAACAAUGCCGAGCAGGAUGACGGCGAUGGUGAGACCAAGGUUGAUAUUCGUGAGGGUGAUGGCCGGAGGAAGAAGAGAAAACGUUCCAAGAAGAACUAA